AAUUUUUCUCGUUUUUUCCCAUCUUAACACCCCUUAUAUCAUGAGGGUUUAAGACCCGACUACGUGAUUUCCAAAACCCUGGUGAAGUAUGGCUGCUGUGGAAAUAGACGUCGGAAAGCUUCCAUUUGACAUUGACUUUCAUCCAUCCGAUAACCUUGUUGCUGCUGGACUCAUCACUGGCGACCUCCUCUUGUAUCGUUACAAUGCUGAUUCUCCGGCUCAAAAGUUGUUGGAAGUUAAUGCUCAUAGUGAAUCAUGUAGAGCUCUUCGCUUUAUCAAUGAGGGUCGUGCAAUUGUGACGGGAUCUCCAGAUUUUUCUAUUCUUGCAACGGACGUUGAGACUGGCUCUGAAAUUGUUCGUCUGCAGAAUUCUCAUGGGGCUGCUGUAAAUCGAAUUGUUAAUUUGACGGAGUCAACUAUUGCUUCUGGAGACGAUGAAGGAUGCAUUAAGGUAUGGGAUACCAGACAACGCUCAUGCUCCAAUUCUUUUAAUGCACAUGAAGAAUACAUUUCAGACAUUACCUUUGCAGCUGAUUCCAUGAAACUAUUGGCAACAAGCGGCGAUGGGUCACUUUCUGUAUGCAAUUUAAGGAGCAGUAAGAUUCAAACUCGCUCUGAAUUUUCUGAAGAGGAACUGCUCUCUGUGGUAAUUAUGAAGAAUGGUAGAAAAGUAAUAUGUGGUACUCAAUCGGGAACACUGUUACUGUAUUCAUGGGGAUUUUUCAAGGAUUGCAGUGAUCGCUUUGUUGAUCUAUCGCCGAACUCUAUAGAUGUACUACUGAAACUUGACGAAGAUAGAGUAAUAACGGGGUCUGAGAACGGACUUAUCAGUCUGGUUGGCAUAUUACCGAACAAGAUUAUUCAGCCAAUUGCCGAGCACUCAGAAUACCCUGUUGAACGUCUUGCCUUUUCUCAUGAUAGGAAUUAUCUUGGAAGUGCAUCACAUGACCAUUUACUGAAAUUGUGGGACCUGAAUGAGUUGCUGCAAGAUUCUGAGGAUGGUGCAAAGAAUGAUUCAACUGCUGAAGAUAGUGAUAAUGAUGGGAUGGAUGUUGAUGAUGAUAUUCCAAAAUCUUCCAAAGGGAGCAAGAAGAAAAAUGUAAAUAAAGGGCAAGUUGCUGGAACUUCGAACAAUUUCUUUGCAGAAUUAUGAUAUGAUGUUUCAUUGGUCUUGGAAGGGCAGAAUCAUAUGAUUAUUCAAACAAAAAAUAGUCCUUCAAUCCUAUCGUUUUGAGGGCUUUCUGGGUAACUGUUGCAUGAACCAACGUCUAAGGAAAGAAAGGAGGUAUAUGUUAAAUAGUGAUAUGCCCCCCCACAGUGUGUUUAUACAAGUUUCUGAAGACUUCAUAGGUUAGCUUUCAUUUAUUUCCUUGAGGGAUGUUGCUGCGAUAAAUAUCAAUUUUGUAAACUAUAUCACUUUUAGUCUGCAGUUAUUGAUAAUUUUAUUUAGUCCUUGUGUUGUUUAACUAAGCAUAUCCUGACCUUUAAUUAAUUGAAACGUGCGUUUUGAUCGCUUUGCUUAUUAAUAAUAUUCGUAAAGUUACUCUGA